AUGAAAAACGCAAAAUGUUGGACAACAGUGGCAAUUAUUCUUUUUAUCCUUGGAGCACUUCUGCUUGCAGCAGGUCUUGUAGUACAGCUUAGCGUAUUUCCAAAUGUAGUUAAGAAAGGAAUAGAUAAAGGCAAAGUCUUAGGUUUAAAUAGUGAUGGAUCAUUUAAUAGCUUUACUAAUUCUUGGGCGAAUCCACAAUACAUCAGUACAAUGCAGUAUUGGACUAUGGAUUACAAGAAUCCUAUUGGCAUGCUCAAUCGAGCAUUGUAUCCUGAUGUGCUGGAGAAAGGACCAUACUCAUACACAGAGAAAAUGCUCUCCGAUAAUAUUAAUUUCUCAGACGAUGGAAAGAGGAUGAAUUUUACACAGAAAACAACAUACUUCUUCAAUGCAGCAAAAUCCUGUCCAACCUGCAAUCCUUAUGUGGAUACCGUUACGGUCCCUGACAUAAGUUUCAUUCUUGCCAUGAAUGCAAUCGAACAAGCUGUAGAGAAGUUCUUGGCGACUCCUUUGUUAGGUACAAUUUGCAAAAAACUUCACAAAGAAGAGUUGUGUGGGAACAUUGCAACAAUAAUUGAAAGAGAAUUAGGUACAGCUAUGGACUUGUUUGGAAUUGGCCCAUUCGUGACUGUUACUGUUGAUCAACUCAUUUUCUCUGGUUAUAACACACCAGUUGUGGAUAAGCUCGUUAACAGAGUUAUCAAAAUAUUAAAUGAAAUGAUAGGAACUGACCUAAUUCCUCAGCAGCCACCUGUACCUGUUAAUCUCAAUAGCGGAAAUGGCACAGCAGAUUUCCAGUAUACUGUAUUAACUGGAAAAACAGAUCCUCAACUAUCUGGUUUCAUCCAAUCUUUCAUUAGCACCACGAAUGCUACUGGAAUGUCUAGCAACGGUGAUAUGUUACCUCCCAAUUGGUGGCCUAAAGCUAACACUGGAAACUGUACAGGUGACAACGGCAUUCACGCUCUCAAAAUCUUCGGAACAAAUGCCGACUUCUUCAAAUCACACAUACAGAAAACCGAUAAGCUACCACUCUACAUUGAUGAUGUCUGCAGAUCAUCUUUAUUGGUUUAUGAUAGAGAUGUCACCGUACAGGGAAUUAAGGCUUAUCGCUUUGUUCUACCAGCUUCUGAAUUUGAUUGGACUGAGCCUUCUAACUGUGGAUUCUGUGUACCUCUCGCCUAUGGCGCUUAUAAUUUACCCAAGAAUUCCACUUGCAUGCCCUCAGGCUUGUUGGACAUUAGUGGUUGUAGUGCAGGUGCUCCGAUCAUGAUAUCAAAAGCUCAUUUCUAUCAAGCUCACCCCUUAGUUCAGUCCUUUGUUCCUCGAUUUAAACCAAAUUACGAUGAUGAUGAAACAACUUUGGAUAUCGAGCCAAACACUGGAACUGUCCUGAAUGCAAACAAGCGAUUGCAAAUCAAUGUUUUCAUGAACCAGAUGCCUCAUAUUGCGGCUUAUUCUGUACUUCGUCCCGGAGCUUAUCCUUUAGUACGUCUUAACGAAUCUUUCGUUAUGGAUCAAGGAACAAAAGAUCAACUCAACUCACAACUCUUUGUUCCUCAGAAAGUGAUCACAAUUAUUUGCUGGACCAGUGUCGGAGUUGGAGGUUUCCUCAUGGCCUUAUCGGUGAUUAUUCUACUUAUCACUUUCUGUGUUAAGAGGGAAACAGAUAAAAAAGAAAACUAA